CUUGGAGCAGGAAGGGUUUCAAGACGGCUGCAUGUGGCCCUCCAAUGUCGCACGCAGCCAACCGAAACAAGAGGACGUUGGCAAGCAGCGCUGCCAGGAUCAGUCCGAAGCAAAGAGACAAGCAAUUGAAGCGGUUGGCUGCGCACACGGGUGAUUCCAGAAGAGAGCGACAACGGUUUAGUGAUGGCUUCAUACCGAUUCUCGUCAAUUUUGUUUGUGUGUGUGUGUGCGCAGCUAAGUGACCACCAAUUGCAGAAGUCCAAAGGCGUGAUGAAAACACGAUCUACAUGAGCCCGUUGCCGAGCUCUUUGCUAUCGAAGUACGAAAUCAAGGAGGCCCUAGAGCUUGCCUUCGGAAAAGUCACGCACGUGCACCUGGAUCGUGGACUCAAGUUUGGCUUUGCGCGAUUUGAGGAUGAGAGAUGUGCAGAGACAGCAAUGGAGAUGAGAUCCAUAGAGUUUCUCAAUGAGACCGUGGAGAUGCGAUCUGGGAGCAAGGGGCGAAAGCAUUCUUUUGAUGAUCGGCCAGAUCCACAUCAAGACUUGCUAUCCGAGGUGGUCGAUGGCUUCCUCAAUUCGUUCGACUCUGCAGGAGCCGAAGAUGGAUUGCCCACGCCUGAACGCAAGGCCAAGGGCAGAAGCAAAGGUUCCCAGCAGCAUCUGAAAGCUGCGCGCAAAGGUUUGAAAGCGGAGAAGGGAAACAGCAAACAGAGAGGGAAAGGGCAAGGAGUUCGUGGAGCUGCGGAUCGAAGUUGCAAAAAGCGAGGACGAGAUGUAGGUCAGACGGAGAAGGGCCGGGAAAGCAACGGUGGCGCAGAAGGAACGGGAAGAAAAUGGAGAAAAGUGGGAGGAAAAGGGUGUCCAAGGAAAGAAAAAUGGAAACGAGGGAAAGCAGGGAAGGGAGGGAAAGAAGGGAACAGAGGGAACAGUGGAAGAGAACACCUAAAUGGACAGCUGCAAGAACGAGCAGAAGGAGGCAACAAAGAGAGUGGAAGAAGGGAAGGCCAGGCAUGGCAACCAAGCCAGUCAAGCGGAGAUUAUCCUGAAAGGCUGUCAAGACCGCAGUUUUGGCAAGCUAUUCAGCCACAAGCUGGUCAGCCUGGAGGCCGUACUGUGCCACGCCCCUCCGUUGCACCGCAUUUGGUCACUCCCUGCCGACCUAGCCCCAGGCCAACAGCAGUGCAAUCAGGCUGACCUGAAGCACGAUGAGGGGGCCAAAGCUGCUGAAUAUGCCCCAAAUUGACGAAAAAAACGAGGGACUGGACCUGCGUGGCACAAAAUGCAUUUACUCCAAAUGACAGGCCAUGAUCCUUCACCACCGCAGCCGUGGCUGAUCUGGCCUGGAGUGCAGUUUUUGUGAAUGCUUUGUCUUUGCCUGCAUCCUGUGGCUUUCUCAGUAAACGAAGCUGGGGGACAUUCAGCAUCAUCUUCAACACAGCCCUUGGGUGCUGCCUUUCCAACCAGUCGCGUAAUCGAAGUAGUGAAUUCAGAAUGUAACCCAGUUGAACCAAGAGAACAGUACCCUCAACUGCGAUUUCUAGAGACAGGUGGCCGCAAGUAGAGGC